GUCAUCGGAUCUACAAAGGAGAAAAAUGGCUCGCAAAUUUUUUGUUGGUGGUAACUGGAAGAUGAACGGCACGAAGAGCGAGAUCAAUGACAUUGUCGCGUUCCUGAAGACCGGUCCGCUCGAUCCGAAUGUCGAGGUUGUGGUUGGAGUCCCUUCGAUAUAUCUCACAUACGUGACUUCCAUCGUUCCCAGCAAUGUCGGUGUUAGCGCACAAAACACGUACAAAGUCCCUAAAGGAGCAUUUACUGGUGAAAUUAGUCCAGCUAUGCUUGCGGAUAAUGGUAUUCCUUGGGUGAUUCUUGGUCACUCAGAGCGCAGGAACGUAUUUGGCGAGACGGAUGAAUUAAUUGCAGAAAAAGUUGCACAUGCUCUAGAAGCAGGACUAAAAGUGAUCGCGUGUAUAGGCGAGAAAUUGGAGGAGCGUGAAGCAGGAAAGACCGAGGAAGUAGUCUACAGGCAAACCAAAGCAAUAGCGGACAAAAUUAAAUCCUGGGACAACGUAGUGUUGGCUUACGAACCGGUGUGGGCGAUCGGUACGGGUAAAACCGCGACGCCGCAACAGGCACAGGAGGUUCACGAGAAAUUACGAGAGUGGUUGGCCAAGAAUGUCAACGCCACCGUCUCGCAAACCUUGCGGAUUAUUUAUGGCGGUUCUGUAACGGCGGCGAACGCCAAAGACUUGGCAAAGGAAAAGGAUAUCGACGGAUUCUUAGUCGGCGGUGCGUCGUUAAAGCCCGAUUUUGUGCAGAUUGUUAACGCUCGUUGUUAAAGAGUCAGCAAGGCAGACAAGAUAUCGCCUUGACAAAGCUAUAUUGGAUGAAUUGUAAGAAAGGUUUAUUCCUAUUAGAAGUCUUAUUGUUGAGCGUUCUGUUCAAAUGUAUAAAGCUAGUUCUGACAAAUCGAAUGCUGUAAAGGAGAGUUAUAGUCAGUUUUUUCAUAUAUUUUUCAUCAAGUUUUAAAGUGCUUGAGAUGUAGCUGCUUAAUACUAUAUAUAUACAUGUUACAUUGUUAUUACGCAAAAUGUAUACAUGACUCUUUAGUAUAUCUACAGUGUUGCAGAAUGAAUAUUUUAAAAAAUUGAGAAUUAACGUAACAUAUCUACCAAUCUCUAUCUGUAAUAUUUAUCAAGCUAAUUGAUGGAAACGAAGAAAAUUUAGAAUUAUGAAAGAAUAAUAAAUGUCAGGAAGAGUCUGUUAUUUUA